GAGACUGACAUGUCUCCCAGGGCAGCGCUCUCGCUUGUGUAUGAAGGCCAAGAGUCCGGGAGGCAUUGUUCUCAUAUUAGAGACAAUAAGAGGGAAUUUAGAAGCUCUAGGGAGAGUAUUCUCUCUACGAGAACCUAA